AUGCAAGGCAUUAUCGCUGGGAUAAGAGGUUACUCUCUGUGUCUGGGUAAAUCCUGCGUCUUGCGCUUCAACCAUCCAGAAGAGGCCAGCCGUCUGAACAGCAUGUUGCCUUUGAAGAGCCCUGUCUCACCCCUGGGCUACAGCACAGACUAUCUGAAGUUUAGUAGUGACUACAGACAUGGGGAGGUGGGAGGGGCCAGCAACGCCAGAGGGAUGCGCUCAGCCUCAGAGCUCUGUGAUUUGAUGGACACCUUACAACGCAAGAAGAUCGCCCUGGAGACAAGCCUGAGAGCCAACGGGGACGCUAGGCCCUCCUACUUCAGUAUGACACAGUCUCCACCCACCACGCCUGUGACCUCACCCACCUCGAUGUGGUCAGCCUAUCAGGAACAGGCUAGGCGUUUCUACGGCUCUGAUCGUCCUCCUCUCUCUGGCAAAGCUGCCGCCCCUCGCUCCCCCUCUCGGCGCUCAGACCCCCCUUCCUCCCGAACCUCCGUGACCCGGAAACAAUCCUACCAAUCACAGGACAGCCUGCUCAUCUCCCCUGGCAAUGGACGACGCCCACUAAACCCAAACUCCUCCCCCCUGUUGUCGAUGCGGAACGGUGGAAGUUCCUCUAACUCGGUGGCCGGUGGUGAUAGCCUCUCCUCUCCUCCACCCUCAUCCCUCUUUCCAACUAGUGGAGCAGCCAGCAUGCCCUCCAGCCCCCGCCUGGGACUCCGAAGCCACGGCAACCAUGAGCCGGUGCCUAGCAACCGAACCAGGAAGUACUCUGCAGGGUCUAUAGGCGGCAUAAUGGAAAGUCACAGCCGCUCACUGCCCCGCCUCUGCCCCUCAUCAUCACCUCGUUCCCAUGACAACAGAGCCCUGGACCUGUUUUCCCUCCCCCUGACCUCUAAUCCUCUACGCAACUCCUCUCACAACAAUAGCCAAAACCACACCACAAACAACAACUACAACCAUAACCAAAUCACUAACUUCACCUACAGCCAGGCCCAAAACAUGAACCGGAACCAAGGAGAGGGGGUGGAAUCCAUCUCUCUCUCCAUCCCUGAGUCUCCCACCCAGGCCCCUCCAGACGGGACCACACAGUUCCUAUCAGGGGGCUCUUCCAGCCCCCGUGUGGCCAAGAAACUCAGCCUCACCUCCACCAGAUCCACCUCCAGCCUUCAGGAGCCAAAGAGGUCAGCCACCAGAGGAGCCUCCCCAGGACCAGAGCUCUUUCUGGGGGAGAGGGGGAGAGAGCACAGGGGGGGAAGGCUGGAGCCCGGGCUAGGAUUAGAGGAACGAAGGCAGUCAUUCGGAAAGGGAGGGGUGAGGGUGGGGUCGGGGUUGACCCCACCAGGGGGGUUCAGGGUGAGGAGUGGCAGUAUCAGCUCCCUGAGUGGGAAAGAAGAACUGACUGACUACCACCAUCGCCAGAGAGACGAGAGACUACGAGAACAGGAAGUGGAGAGACUGGAACUCCAACGGCUGGAGACCAUCCUGUCUUUGUGUUCAGAGCUGGGGCGAUCGGAGCAGGACAGGGAGAAGGGUGUUGGUUCUAGUCCAGGUACCGGUCUAGCCGACCUUCAAAAGAUCAACCGGGAACUAGAGAAGCUCCAGGUCUCUGACGACAAAGAGCCAGUAUCCGUCUUCUUCGACUUAACCGUUGACAGAAAUGGUACCGGCUCGGAAAACAAUUAUUAUGGUAACGACAAGGAGUGCCAGGUCGGACAGCGAUGGAGCAGCGAUCCCCGUGACAACAGGGCGGAAUCGCCCGUCGUCACUCUACGAAGCUCUGCCUCCUCACCCACCCAGCAUCUACCGAGGACCAAUCAGGCGCUGGCGGAGGAGGGACAGCGGAGGAAGGAAGAGACCCGUGCGGAGGAGAGACAGCGGAGGAAGGAAGUGACCCGUGUGGAGGAGGAGAGGAUCCAGGUGCUCAACAACAUGGACAAGCUGGAACAGAAGAUCAAAGAACUGGAUAACCAGAUGGAUGAAUCACUCAGAGAAGUGGAGGUGGAGGGUGCCCUGGUGCAGGCUGAGCAGGAGGCGGAGCUAACAGCUCUGCAGCAGGAGAGAGAUGCUGUGGAGACACUCGACACCAAGAUGGCCGUCAUGGAACAACAGGCACCGGAUCAGAAGACUCAGAACUCUGAGGUGCUGGAGGCUGAGACGAAGUGUUUUAAGGACCUGGAGGACCAGCAGAUGGAGAGAGAGAGGCGUCAUGAUGAGGAGAAAGAGAGGCGUCAUGAUGAGGAGAAGGAGACAAGCACACAACACCUUGUCAGAGAGAUCACUGACUAUCAACUCAGCACCGUCACACGCAAGGAGAGGCUGGUGACCCUGAAGAAGCAGGCGGACCUGAUUACCCAGCAGGCUCAGCGAGAGAAGGAUAGCUUUCUGAAGGAGAGGACCAACCUGCAGAUGAUGCUGCAGAGGGAGAAAGAGAACCAUGCCUCUCUGGAGAGGAAGUAUGCUGACCUCACAGGAGGGCGGCACUUCCCUCUCAGUCCUAUCAGUCUCAAGGAGCACUUCCGUUCGCUGGAGGAGAGGAGGUCAGUGAAAGAAGGCGGGGCCCACCUGAGUGACAUGUUACCCAGGAAGAAGACCACUGUCACCCCUCAGUUCAGCUGUGUUACACUGGGACACAGCAUGCUUAACAAGCAGCCCCCGGUGCAGAGUUGUAGCUGUGUCAGUGUUCUACCAAGGGCCAUGUCUGUCUCCAGCAAUACAGAUACACGCCGUCUGCACAAGGGUCAGGUCACCCGGUCCAACAUGUACCUGGACAGUGACAACGGCCAGGCCUACGACACCAUGAGCAUGGACAGCUUGGACUCCAUGGACACCAGCGUCUCUGUCUGCUCACCUGACAAUGUCUCCUGUGCCAGCACGUCUAAUGUGACCAGACUGGAGGAGAUGGAGCAUCUACUGAGACAGGCCCAGGAAGAGAAGAACCGCCUCAUAGAACACAAGGAGCAAGAGAUGGAGUCGCGCAAACAGGCUCUGGAGGAGGAGAGGAGGAGGGUGCAUCUGGAGAAACGACUGCAGGAGGAGACCAACAGACGACAGAAACUCAUUGAUAGGGAGGUGAAACUACGGGAGAAACAGAGAGCACAGUCCCGUCCUCUGACGCGCUACCUGCCGGUGCGUAAGGAUGAUUUUGACCUGAGGGCCCAUAUAGAGUCAGCGGGCCACAGCGCUGACACGUGUUUCCACCUGUCCCUCACGGAGAAGAUUUGUCGAGGAUUCCUGGUCAAGAUGGGGAGAAAGAUCAAGACCUGGAAGAAACGCUGGUUCGUCUUCGACCGCGACCGGCGAACACUCUCCUACUUCUCAGACAAGCACGAGGCCAAGCUGAAAGGUGUCAUCUAUUUUCAAGCCAUAGAAGAAGUUUACUACGACCACUUAAAGAAGGCACACAAGAGUCCUAACCCAUGUCUGACGUUCAGUGUGAAGACUCAUGACAGGAUCUACUACUUGCUGGCCCCCUCUCCUGAGGCCAUGAGGAUCUGGAUAGACGUUAUCGUCACCGGGGCCGAGGGAUACACUCAGUUCAUGGUGUAGAAGGUGUGAUGUGGCCAGGGUGGAGGGAUACACUCAGUUCAUGGUGUAGAAGGUGUGAUGUGUUCAGGGUGGAGGGAUACACUCAGUUCAUGGUGUAGAAGGUGUGAUGUGGCCAGGGUGGAGGGAUACACUCAGUUCAUGGUGUAGAAGGUGUGAUGUGUUCAGGGUGGAGGGAUACACUCAGUUCAUGGUGUAGAAGGUGUGAUGUGGCCAGGGUGGAGGGAUACACUCAGUUCAUGGUGUAGAAGGUGUGAUGCAGCCAGGGUGGAGGGACACACUCAGUUAAUGGUGUAGAAGGUGUGAUGUGGCCAGGGUAGAGGGACACAUCCAGUUGACGCUGUAAAGAGUGGUGCUUCGGCCAGAGUGGAAGGAUACGACCAGCGUGCGGUUCUGGGGCCAGGACUAGAUCCUCUCUUUUGGCCAGUGUAUUUAUGCUUCAUUAUGUUGAAAAAGUGAUUGGUCGUUGAUUAACUAGCAAUGUACAUAGCAACCACAGUAGGUUGGUGACAUAUUAUGAGCCGUCCUCACCUCAGCAGUCUUCACUGAUAGCAACAUGAUGUGCUGUAGUAAACAAGCAAAACAGAACAGUCAUUAAACUUCCUGGUUGUAUAGGGAUCAAGUUACUGAUAUUUACUCAGCCCUUGUGUCCUCCAGUGUAGCCAGAGGUCAAAUCAUCUCUGCAUGGAGUGUCUGGGGUCCGGCUAGCCAGGGGUUGAUGCGGUAUUGGGCAUUAAUGUGCUUCUUAACCAUAAAAAAAAAACUUGAAAACAUUUGAAUGAUAUCAUUGGCUGAUUUUAUCAUGUAGUUUUAUUAUAUUGUAUUUAUGCUAUUGAUUAUCAAUCCAUGUGUCUUUAUUUUUGCAUACAGAAAAAUUAAGCAAGAACAUAUUGUGCCUUGAAAAGUGUUUGGUCAUUUUUCUUAAAAAGAGAAUUAUCAUACGGUAUUGAUUUGUUGAACGCAAAGAUUCUGGUUUUCACAGAGGAGCCAUGUGCUCGGAACCAGCAGUAUUAAAUGAGAACCACUAGAGGGUGAUCGUGUCCUGGAUUCAGACUGAUUUCUGGUCCUCUCUCAGGUGUAAAGGCACAUUGUGUUCACACUCGAUUACUGUGGGAAUUCGAGACCUUCAACCUAAAGCGGUCUGAGAGAACAUCAGAUAAAUGACACCUGCUAUGACAUCAUCUUUGGCACUGUUUGCUGUUCAGUUGGCAUUAGCAAGUUUUUGAUGAUUUUGUUUUUUCAUGUCAGUAACACAUGUUAAAUUAUCAUGCAAUGGCUCACAAUUCUUACUGUAUAUAAAGAAGGGACUGUGCCACAUGGAAUCUCUGCAGAAAUGAUGUAGUCCAUUUCAGAAUGAGGGGUGCUGUAACUCUGCUAGUGUUUGUUCUAUCUGUCUGGGGCAUGGGCUC